GGACUGUCGUUUCCCGGAAAAAACGGGUGUACGUGAAGCUGCUGCCGCCGGAUGCCGCCGAGACGGCUGUGUUCGACAUCAAGCUGAGCUCCAAGAGCAAAGCCCUCCCGCACUACAUGAAAAUAGGGGAAAUAGGGAAUUUUGCCAUCUGGUGUAAAAAAGGGCCGGUUUUGAAAUCCAGCCCCGAGCCGCGGAGGAUCAGCGCAGGCCUGAGGCAGCUCUCGCUCCAGCCCCCCGACUCGGCCCAGAAGUCCGCCGUGGCUCCGUGCAGCAUCAGACGUGCUUCUCAGCACGAAUCUCGGUACGACACCUCCAGCAUCUACGGCCUCUCGGCUAUGGAUGGAGUGCCUUUCACACUACACCCCAAAUUCGAACGCAAGCUCAGUUCUGGCAGUAAUGCUAUCCUUGCAGACCUGACUGUUAAGUCACUUGCUGAUAUCGAGAAAGAGUACAAUUAUGCUUUUGUAGUUGAAAGGACGGCUGCUGCCAGGCUCCCACCCAGCAUUUGUUAG